AUGAUCACUCCAAUCGAUGCUAAAGAUGUUUCUAGAAUCACCUCAGGUCAAGUGAUCAUCGAACUUGUCUCAGCCGUCAAGGAACUAAUAGAUAACUCAAUUGAUGCUGGCGCCGAUAAAAUAGAAGUCACAUUUGGCGAGUACGGAACCAAAUUUUUGGAGAUCACCGAUAAUGGUUGUGGCAUUGAUGUAUCCGAUUAUGAGGCAUUGUGCCUCAAGUAUCACACCUCGAAGUUGUCUUCAUUCGAAGAAUUGAGCCUGGUUUCUAGUCUAGGUUUUCGUGGUGAAGCAAUGAGCUCGUUGUGCUCUGUUGCAACUAUCUCUGUGGUGACCUCGUCUAAAUCCACAUUUCCCAGAGCUACGCAGCUCACAUACGAUAAUAUGGGCAAAUUGAAGAACAAAAAAAGCAGCGUGACAGGUAAAAAGGGUACUUCUGUUACAAUGACCGACCUAUUUAAAGACUUGCCUGUUCGGCUCAAGAACUUCAAUAAGCAUAGUAAAAGAGAGUACACAAAGUCGCUUUCCCUCAUAAUUGCAUACCUGUUGGCAUACACAAACAUAAGAUUUACUGUAUUCUCUAUUGGUGCUAAUGGCAGGAGACAGAUGGUUUUAGGAACUCCGGGUGGACUGACAAAAUUAACCGAUGUAAUGGUGAGCGUCUAUGGAAGUAAUGGCCAAUAUGGUCUUUUGCCCCUCGAAAUCGAAGAGCUCAAAAUCGAGGCUCGGUUCAGGCUCAACACAGAUUACGCGCCAACCAAACUAGCUCUCAAGCUUCUGGGGGUCAUCUCCGAUAGUUCCUUCGGUAUGGGUCGAUCAUCCACAGAUAGACAAUUUAUUAGCAUAAACAAGCGACCAGUCGUCCACAAGAAGCUUGCCAAGAUAAUCAAUGAGGUAUACAGAUCCUUUAACGCAACCCAAUCGCCUGUUUUUGUGUUAAAUUUGGAACUAGAUACACACUUCCUUGAUAUCAACAUCACACCAGAUAAGAGGUCAGUGAUGAUUCACACUGAGGAGCUUAUUCUAGAUGUCAUAAGAGAACAGCUUACCGCGUUCUAUGAAUCUAAAAAUAAUGUUGUUCCUAUGAGCACUGUUGGAACUCUAUGCAUGGGAUCAUCCCAAAAUAAGAGGCCCCGAUUGUCAAGUAGGAAAGAAAGUUCCGAUGAACUAGAAAAUCCGGGGGAGAAACCACUGACACCUGUCAAGAUGGAAAGUUACAUGCCAAGGAUUGUGUCAGGUAAGUCAGACACUAUUGGUGAAGAAUCGGGCCUUUUUGUGGAGUCUACCGCAGAGAACUCCUCUUCUGAAGAGGAGGAAAUCUUUGAAAUGGAGAAUUCAGACCAAGAAAUUAGCAAGACAAUUGAGGAGGCUUCAGAAAUUGCAUCUGAGGCUGGAGAGAAGGUUAUAGAGAAGAUUACUAGCGAUGACGAAACUAAUUCUCAGGAGAUUUUCAGUGAAGAGGAGCGCUACUCAAGACGUGAAGUUAAAACUAAUGAAGAGCUUCACACGUCAAAAGUACCCAGGACUCGGCGCGAAUCCACGAAAGAACAAUGCAAUUCGGAAAAUAUCGAGGAUGAGAAGGAAGAUUUCAUCGUAACUUACAGUUCACAAGAACCCAAAAUUCCUAAUAGAGAGCCCCCUGUUAUUGAUACUCUCGAAGAUUUGAACGAUGAUGAUGACUCUGAUGUAGCAUCUGUCUCAGAAAACAAGUCAACACUAGUGCUGGUUCGCAAUGAAGACAACCCAAGCACCUCUCAAAAAAGUACAGAUACCCCUCCUCUUGCGGACCUUGAUGAUACUGAGCCAAGUUUCAUUGUUUAUACAUUGAGGGCAGACUUUAAUGUCAACAUUGAAGAUCUUCGAAUUUUGCCUAAUGAAUCGCCGGAUCCCCAAGCAACGGAACUUGCUGCCCUUCGAGAUAUCAACCAGACUAUGGAAGUCAAAAAGCUGGACUUUUGCGACAUGCGGAUAGUGGGACAAUUUAAUUCAGGGUUUAUCAUUGUCACGCAUCAGGAUCGGCUCUUCAUUGUUGACCAGCAUGCUCUGGACGAAAUUUACAAUUACGAAAGACUAAUGAAAUCACUUGUUCUUCGAGCCCAACCUCUUGUUGUUCCACGCGUUCUCGAAUUGUCUCCUAUUGACGAAAUGAGGAUGCUUGAAUUCUCUUCUUUAUUGAGCAAAAAUGGAUUCAAAAUUGUAGAGGACACAAGCGCACCACCAGGGCGCAAGAUACGAUUAAUGGCCGUUCCCGUUCUGAAGAAUGUGGUUUUUGAUGAUGGAGAUCUACAUGAGCUUGUGAACAAAUUGCAUGAGAAUUGCAGUCUUGGUAAAGACGUGGUUGCCGGUGUUCGAUGCACCAAGACAGAAAGAACCAUAGCUCUGAGAGCUUGUAGACUGAGUAUAAUGAUUGGGCUGGCUCUUCUGAUUCCAACCAUGGAGUCAGUUGUUCUGCAUUUAUCUACCUUAGAUCGACCAUGGAACUGUCCUCACGGACGACCUACGUUCCGUCAUUUAGCUGAUUUGGAGGGACGGGGAUUCCAAGACGAUUACAAAUUAUAG